UUAGUGGUCCCGGUAACGCCUAAUCUCUCUUGUCAUCAUCAUCUUCGACCUUUUACAUCUUCCAACGGCUAUAUUCCUCUCCUCUCUCUCACUCCGAUCUAGGUUUUCAAAUUGUUUCUCUGUUUCGAAAAUUAAUACGCCAGUCGAAGAGUUUAUCAAAUCGAUCUUCUUCCAAUUGAUCAGUUCUUGAAAGUAUCCGAUAAAUCCCCGGUUUCCAGGAGAAGAAGAAGCAUUUCGAAAUGGCAAGUGUGAAAAAAGAUCCGAUGCUUCAAGUAGAGUCAACAUGUGGAUCUCUCCUUUACGAACUUCAGAUUAUUUGGGAUGAAGUUGGAGAAACUGAGACUGAUAGAGAUAAGAUGUUGCUUGAGCUUGAACGUGAGUGCCUGGAAGUCUACAGAAGAAAAGUUGACCAAGCUAAUCGUUGUAGAGCUCAGUUAAGACAAGCUAUUGCUGAUGCUCAAGCACAACUAGCUGCCAUCUGUUCCGCACUGGGGGAGCGUCCUGUGCAUAUGAGACAGUCUGAUCAAAGCGUUGGGAGCUUGAAACAAGAGCUUGGGACGAUUCUUCCUGAACUUGAAGAGAUGCAGAAGAGGCAAACCGAGAGAAGAAGCCAGUUCAUGGUUGUCCUUGAAGAGAUAGAGAGUAUCACUAAUGAUAUCAAAGGUCAAGGAGAACAUGCUCAAUCGAAACCACUCGUCGAUGAGACUGACUUGUCUAUGAGAAAGCUUGAAGAGUUACACUGCCAUCUGCAAGCACUUCAGAAGGAGAAGAGUGAUCGAGUUGAGACGAUUCGGAAGCACCUGUGUACUCUAUAUUCUCACUGUUCAGUACUUGGAAUGGACUUCAACGAGGUUGUUAACAAAGUUAAUUCCACAUUAACUGAUCCAGAGGGACCAAGAAGUUUAAGUGAUCAUACGAUUAAGAACUUGGAUGCUGCAGUUCAAAAGCUGAGGAAGGUUAAGAUACAGAGAAUGCAGAAGCUUCAAGAUCUAGCAACAACCAUGUUGGAGCUCUGGAAUUUGAUGGAUACUCCCAUAGAAGAGCAGCAAGAGUAUCAGCAUAUCACCUGCAACAUAGCUGCAUCAGAGCAUGAAAUAACUCAAGCCAAUAGUCUCUCUGAAGACUUCAUUAAAUACGUUGAAGCAGAGGUUGCCCGAUUGGACGAGGUAAAGGCAAGCAAAAUGAAAGAACUUGUUCUGAAGAAAAGAUCAGAGCUAGAAGACAUAUGUAGGAAAACCCACAUGUUACCUGUGUCAGACAGUGCUAUAGAUCAGACUAUUGUGGCCAUAGAAUCUGGUAUUGUGGAUGCCACAUUGGUCCUUGAGCAUCUUGAGCAACACAUUUCUAAGAUCAAAGAGGAAGCUUUAAGCAGAAAGGAGAUACUUGAAAAGGUUGAGAAGUGGUUAUCUGCUUGCGAUGAAGAAAGUUGGCUUGAAGAAUACAACAGGGAUGAUAACCGUUACAAUGCUGGACGAGGAGCUCAUCUUACUCUCAAGCGUGCUGAGAAAGCUCGUAAUCUUGUUAACAAACUUCCAGGAAUGGUUGAAGCACUAGCCUCGAAGACUAUAGUUUGGGAACAAGAGAAGGGAAUUGAAUUUCUCUAUGAUGGUAUUCGUCUACUCUCCAUGCUCGAGGAGUAUAACUUACUCAGGCAGGAAAGAGAAGAAGAACACCGGCGCCAACGGGAUCAUAAGAAACUCCAAGGACAGCUCAUAGCAGAACAAGAGGCGCUUUACGGGUCAAAACCGAGCCCAUCAAAACCUCUUGGUGGUAAAAAGGCUCCAAGAAUGUCAACCGGUGGUGCAGCAACCAACCGAAGACUCUCCUUAGGAGCAGGGAUGCAUCAGACUCCUAAGCCUAACAAGAAAGCAGAUCAGCGCCAGAUUGAUGGAGCUUUAUCAACUGGAAGAAGAGGGCUUGAUGUUGCUGGACUUCCCUCAAGGAAACAGUCAAUGAAUCCAUGCGAACAGCUGCAAUCUCCACUAGUGCGCAAACCAUUCUCACCCCUUCCUACCACGGUGGUUGCAUCAAAGGCUAACAUAGCAACGCCGCAGCAACUUCUUCCAACCCCGAAAAGCAACGCAGUGAAUGAGAUAUCGGCAUUUGCAACUCCCGUCAAGAACAACAACAGUGUAAGGAACUUGGAAGAAGAGAAGUUGAUGAUGAUGCAAACACCAAAGAAUGUAGCAGCGAUGAUUCCUAUCCCAUCUACACCAGCAACAAUCUCUGUCCCGAUGCAAACUGCAGCGACACCAUUCAACAAUGCAAGAUUGCUUCCAGAAAAGGUUGAAGUUGUUGAGUACUCCUUUGAGGAACGAAGACUCGCUUUCAUGCUACAGUCCGAGUCUUUGAUCCACGUCUGAUUUUCAUUCUGUCUUUAUUUUUUGUGUAAAACUCAAAUUGAUUGUUCUUUGGUUUGUUAAAAGGUCAAUUAUAUGAUUGGCUUUUUCUUUAAGCAACCGUUUUCACA